AUGACUACGCGUACGACUGACGGCGACCGUCUUGAUCGUCGACAAUUAGCUAAAAAGUCUACGAACACUGCUCGUUCAAUAAAUUAUAUUAAUAAUCCACCACCACCACCACCACCCAAUAAACAACCACGAUCACCAUCGCCACCUCCACAAUCACGACCACCGCCAUCACUCUCGAAAUCUUCAGCACUUUCAUCGACACAGAAACUUGUAUCACGCGCAGAAAUUACACCAAAGGCACGUCUUGUUGUAGUACGUGCAUCGAGUCGUUCGCAAAACGAAGAAUCCGAAGGAGAAACAGGGCAAACCUUCGAGACACCGGAAUCCGUACAAAUACCAGCCGUAUACACUAAUGGACGCACAUCUGUUUAUGUUAUUCGCCGACCUAUUCCACCGCCUGAACCACCACGAGAAACGAAAUUAUAUCAGCCAGACGAUGAUGAACCACCUAAAACAACUAAGAAAAAACAAAAUACUGGUGGUCGGGGUGGUAGAAGGCGUCGACGUCGUGGAGAAGGUGGUGGUGGUAGUGAUCAUGAUAACAGCCUACGACAGAUAAAUACAUCUUCUCCUGCAGACGACGUUGUGAGUUCGCCUAGCCAAGUUCAUUCAUCAUUUAUAUCCCCAAAAGCGUCUGAACGUCGUUCGUCGUUUACACGUAACGAAAGUCGUCAACCAGAUUCGCCUGUUAUUGAUUCAUCUGAACCCCCAAAAAUUCAUAUAUCUUCACCUACACAAGUUAAAAACUUUGAAACAAUUGAAAACCAAUCAACACCGAAAUCUGUAGUAGCAAUUGAAGUUUAUCCAAAUAAUAAAGAUCCAAGAGCUCGCUCACGAAGUCGACGUCGACGUCGUCGUCGUACAUCUUCAAAACAACGUCCAUCAUCACGAUCAUCUGUCACAGAUCAAGAAGAACCUAAAAAUACUAAUGAAGGCAAAAGUUUUUUCCCAUUUUUAAGAACAAAAAGUACAGCCAUACAGGUUGAUUUAAUUCCUGGUAAAAUCGUUUCAAAUCAGCAACGAAAAGGUAAACGAAAAACAACACCAAAUCAACGACUGAAAUCAUCGAAAUCGAUUGUACUUCUAAAUCCCGAUGAUCAAACUAUUGCUGUUGUAGAAAAUUCAUAUGUAAAAGGUAAUUCAAUGUCACCUGUUAUUCAAGGUACUGUAUCGUCAAAGAAAAAUCGAUUUCUACAAGGAAAUACUCAACAAUCAAAAGAAAAUUCACAUAAAGGAUCUCGAUGUCUGGAUUGUCUAUCAAGACGCAUGUGUUUACUUAUAACUAUUUGUCUUAUCCUAGCUGUAAUUGGUUUAGCUGGUGCUGGUGUUAGUGCUUAUUUUCUUGCCACUGAUUUUCAGACAGACUCUAUUCCGAAAAUUGUUGGUGCCGCAGCAGGUGGUGUAUUAGCUAUUGCUUCGAUGUGUUUCUUAUAUUGCGUACUUGCAUGUAUUGGCUCUCGUGAUGGCUACUUUUCCUACCAUGGCGAUGGUCCACAACCGGGCGGGAGAGCUUUUGCAGUCAUAGCAUCUACUCAUCAGAACGCGCAUUUUUAUACACCUGCUAAUUAUCGGGAACUUCAUAAAACUAAUCCGACAACAUCUUCGAAUUCUUUUACAGCUCGAUCAGUAACUCAAUUGCGAAGUACGAAUCGACAAAACACAAUUGUCAGUGAAACAAAUAGUGCAGCGACUGGAAAAAAUAUUACUAUUGAAAUGCCUGAACGUCUUCUAACAGCGAGAAAAGAUUCUCCGAAAACACGCGAACGUAAAAUGAAUAAUGUAGUCAGUAACAUAGGUCGUGUUGUUGAAGAUGCUAAAAAACGAUAUCACGGUGAUGUGCCAACCAAAGUUAUCGUCACAGUCGAUGAAAAAGCUAAUACAAAAUUUUAA